AUGAUCUGGUGGAAGAAUGAUUGGAGGACAUCGUAUGGUUAUGGGAUUGCUAUAACGGGAUUCGACCGAGACCCGAGUCGUUCGAAAGAGUAUCAAUCGAGGAGACGAAUCGAUUUUACUGAGUCGUCUGAAAGAGUAUUAAUUGAGGAUACAAAUCAAGGCCGGCGGGUGUGGGAGGGUCUGCUGGGCUACGGCUGGGGAGGGGUGUUAGGGUUUGCCUCAGAUUCAACUCUCCCCCUUCUUCUUUCCAAGGUUGAUGUGUCUGAAGAUCUGAACGAUCUGAAGAGCUUCAAAGCACCAGAUUAA